UGCAUGUGGCGCGAUAUGGGAAACUGAGUGGAGAUUAGUUUGACAGCAGGACAGCCGGGGAGAGUUUAGUCACCGUGUGGAUGUCUAUUUAUCCAAACAACAUGUUUUCUACAAAGCAAACUUGUUGGUUUAUCCGCAAGGUGAUUUGCUGGAGAGCAGUGGCCAGUAUUGCUUGGGCUGUCCUGUUGUUGCCACCCAUCACAGCAGUUUUUGUAAUCCUCAGCAGGUUCAAUCUUCUCCACCCCAUCCACACAAUAACAGAAUGUUUCUCCCUGUUAACGAGUGCAAGUGCCAUCUUCUCCUUCAUCCUGCUGGGUGGAGUGAUUCUCAUGGUGGGGUUCUUAAACCUGGAGUAUUAUACAGUCAUCCCAGCUAUUGCAUGCUCAAAAAUCGCCCUGUUGGGUCAGCUGCUCCACCCUCGUCAGUUUGUCAACUCCCUUGUCCACUGCAUCAUGGGAUUAAUUGUGGCUUGGUGUUGUGCCGUCUUCAUUGGGGGCAGCUAUGAGACGCUCAGCUACCCAUGCAUGCAGAGUGAUGGUUCCUCUCAGAUGUGUCUGAAUGAAUAUCACCUCGUCCUUAUGCUGGCUGGAGCCUUUGUUGGAUUUUCUCACAGUCUAUUGGGUGUGAUCCACAACAUGAACUAUGUCUCCUUCCACACUGUCCAGCAAUACAAAUACCUUCGCUUCAAGGGAUCCCUGCCUUUGGUGGUGAAGUGCAGUGCCACUCAAGCACUUUACUCUAUCAGGAACUUCAUUGCUUUGUAUUUCUUUUUGGGAUACAUUCCAAGAGCAUGGAUCUGUAAGACUCUGAAUCUUCACUUGAACAGCUCCAUCCACACUCUUGACAGCAUAGCUGGACUGCUGGACCUGUCCUUGCUCUACCAGCUGUGGAUGAGUGCCACCUUCCUCCUCUUCACAUGGUACAUCACUCUGCUGCUCUUCAGGAUAUUUGUCACAGAGGUGUGCAGUUUUCCUGUGCAGUCAUCAUUUAAUGAAGAUGUCCACCAGUGUCUUCCCAAAGUUCUUACAGGCAAGCAGCCAAUGAUAUUAAAGUUCCUAGCUCUGCAGGACUUGGCUCUGCUGUCUCAACGUUCCCCAUCACGGCGCUGUGAGGUCUUCAGUCUGAGUCAGCCAGGUGGCCAUCCUCAUAACUGGAACGCCAUCAGUAGGGAGUGUCUGUCUCUGCUGGCUGAUCUGACCCAGAGACUUGUAGCCUAUCAUGACACUGUAGCAACCAAUGGCAGGGCCAAAUCACUGUCUACUGGAAGUGAAAGGAAGACUUCAUCUGAGACAUCAGUAAUCUCAGGUACAGAAGAUAUGAUGUCCCCGAGGCCCACUAUGUUGAUGAAAACUCCAGCUUCAGUCUUUUCCCGCUCUAUUAUUGGAGGUGCACAGAGCCCUCUGACAGUACCAUUCACUCCUGACCUGGACAGCCCAUUUGCUUCUCCAGCCCUGCGGCGCCUCACUGCUCCAGCAGAACAAUGCUCUCCGUGGUACGGCACGGUGCAGAGCCCUCACAUCAUGAGGAGAGCACCAAAACUCUGGUCCACCUCCACAGAUUCACAGGCCAACAGCAGUCUCCCACCAUCCCCUGCCUCGGUUCCCAGUCCCAAGCAGGAAGCCUCCAAACCAAGUCUCCUGGCUCAGUUCCUCCAGAACAGAAAAGAGCAGGUUAAAAAUUUCUUGGCAAAGCGGGUGCUGAUAAUGUAUUUGUUUAACAAGCUUCCAGAAGCCUCGAGUCAGGCCCUCUUUGCUGACAGCCAGGCUCACAUCUGGGCUUUAGAAGGACUGUCUUAUCUUGUUCAAGCCUCCUUCUCAGAAGACCAGUUUGGGGUUGUACAGACUACAUUACCCAGCAUUCUCAGCUGCAUGCUGGUCUUGCAAGAGGCUGUAGAUCGUCACUUCAAGCUGCCUCAUGCCUCCAGUAAGCCCGUCAGGUCGACAAGCAGCAUGGGAGACUCGACUUACAAAACACUGCGCUUUGCUCUCAGGGCCACACUCAAGACUGCCAUCUACAGGAUAACAACCACUUUUGGUGAUCACUUAAAUGCUGUUCAGAUGUCUGCAGAGCACCGGAAAAGACUGCAGCAGUUUCUGGAAUACAAGGAAUAACACACCUGACACUUGGCUCCUGUGCCUUUGGAUUCCUGUCAGUUUGAUGUGACUCUGUGUGUGUGUGUGUGUGUGUGUGAGAGAGAGAGAACACAUCAGCUUAAGUGAGGCAACAAGUGAAAGCCCAUGAUAGUGCCUCUUUUAAUAUCUACGUCUGCACUAUGUCGUGGAGGAUUGUUUGAUAGUCUAGACAUCUCCUACAUGUGUGAGGUGGGGGAAGGACUCCAGCUGAUAGACUGCACCAAGUUUGCAGGGGCUGCGACAGACUAUCACCUCCUGUGUUUGGGAAAUUUAAACCAGCUGACUGCAUGGAUUAGCAACUCAUUCCAAAAGAGGUUUGUUUCAUAAAAUAAUAUCACAAUAUUAUAUUUGAUUUUUUGUCGAUUGGGAUGGGUUGUGAAGGGCUAUUUUUACUGCAUUAUGUACAAGCUUGGUUUUGGUCUCAUAUUUCAUCUCCUGUCCUCUUGAAUUAUAUCCUUGUGAUUUUCAAAUCAUUUUGUGUCAAGUGAGAUGAGUGAAAGAAAUGGCCCAAAUUGUUAAAGUAGCCAACAGGAAUGUGCUCUGUGUUAUGAGAGCCUCAGUUCACAGUUGUUGAAAUGUGUGUUCCUGGAUCUGGUUUUGUUGUAGACACCACCCAGAGAACUGGUUUUCAGCUGUGCACAUCAGUCUCGGUUCUCUAACUAGAAAACACAACAUAAUUAGAUUUACAAAUCAGACGUCACUGUUUCUAAAUGUAACCAUCUUGUUUUUGUCAGUUUUGUUCAUGUGAAAUAAGGCUGUCCAUUAUGUCACGAGUUUGAGUUUUCACUCAGAGAACUGUUGAAUAAAACCAUGAUAUAACGAUCA